AUGUCUUCAUCCUCAUCAUCCACCGUCUCCCUCUUACCGUCUUCAUCUUACCCUUCCUCAUCGAAGAACUGGGAAUCUUCAUUCGGCACCCUCGCUUCAUCAUUCGGAUUCGUCGGCGGUGUUCCUUCGCUACCGCAGAAAAAGUCUAGCUCGACGAAGUCCUCGAAGGUGUCAAAAUCGCCCAACGCGACCGCGCACGCACAACCCAAGGUGUCCAGUCUUCCUUCGCCCAAAAAUUACGAGGCGGCCUUUGCCAGUUUGUCGUCGGCGUACGGGUCUGGCGGUGGUGUUCUAUCUGUAGCCCAGAAGAAGUAG